CUCCUAAAUCAUCUAAGAAUGAAGCAUAGCAACUUUUGAAGCAAAAAACAAUGGCUCAAUCCAUAGGCAUUCUCCUACUUACUACUCUCCUUGCCUUUGCUCCUUUUAGCUUUUGUGUGAAGACCACAGGCGGCUACCUCUACCCACAGUUCUAUGACCAUUCCUGCCCUAAAGCUCAACAGACAGUCCAGUCUAUUGUAGCCAAGGCUGUAGCAAAAGAAGCUCGUAUGGCUGCCUCAUUACUUAGGCUUCACUUUCAUGACUGUUUUGUCAAGGGUUGUGAUGCGUCGCUAUUGUUAGACAGCAGUGGAAGCAUAAUCAGUGAGAAGAUGUCUAAUCCAAACCGACAAUCAGCUCGAGGAUUCGAAGUGAUUGAUGAGAUCAAAACUGCACUAGAGAACGAGUGUCCUCAAACAGUAUCUUGUGCGGAUAUUUUGGCUUUGGCAGCUAGAGAUUCCACUGUUCUUACUGGAGGACCUACCUGGGAAGUACCAUUGGGAAGAAAGGAUUCUAGAGGUGCAAGCUUGAGUGGUUCUAACAACAACAUUCCUGCUCCAAAUAACAAAUUCCAAACCAUUCUUACUAAGUUCAAGGUUCAGGGCCUCAAUGUUGUUGAUCUUGUCGCACUGUCUGGAAGCCACACAAUCGGAAAUGCUCGAUGCACUAGCUUCAGGCAGAGGCUGUACAACCAGUCAGGCAAUGGGCAACCCGACUACACUUUAGAUCAAUCAUAUGGUUCACAAUUGCGUACCCGCUGUCCUAGAUCUGGAGGUGACCAAAACCUGUUUUUCUUGGACUUCGCAAGUCCUACAAAGUUUGAUAACAGCUACUUCAAGAACAUAUUGGCUUCAAAGGGCCUGUUAAAUUCUGAUCAAGUUCUCCUGACAAAGAAUGAAUCAUCCAUGGAACUGGUCAAGAAAUAUGCUGAGAACAAUGAACUCUUCUUUGAGCAGUUUGCCAAGUCAAUGAUUAAGAUGGGAAAUAUCUCUCCAUUGACAGGUCCAAGGGGAGAGGUUAGAAAGAACUGCAGGAAAAUUAAUAGUUAACUGGACUACCCAGUUACUGUCUAAAAGUAAAUGCUAAAGCAAUAGCGUAUGAUUUUCUAUUUAAGUUCUCUGUCUUCAUUUCCUCACUUUGAAGAGAAAUUCUAGUUCUCCACUUCGUUGUUACCACUGCGCAGCAUGCUCUGCUAUUACAGUAGUGGAAUUCUGUAAUUUUUUUUUUCUGAAGAAAUUUAAGAUAUUUCUUUUCAUAGA